UGCAGCGGAAGAUGAGCUAGCCAGACAAGAACGAUUGGCCGCCCACUGCAACAGAACUGCUGCAGCGCGUGCAGCGGAAGAUGAGCUAGCUAGACAGCGACGACUUCACAGUGAUCGAGAAAGACAUACUGCAACAAGAGUGCGACAGCAACCGAAUAUUCCACCAGCUCUGAACUAUGAUGCAGCACAACCUCCACUUCCGUGUUGUAUUGGCUCUAUGACAAACGUGUGUGUCAACUGCGGCGCUAUGAAGUGGAAAGGAGAAGCACCUGGCAUGUGUUGCAGUAGCGGAAAAGUGAAACUGGCAACUCUGCAAGAUCCACCGCUCUUGCUAAAAUCAUUGCUUCUAGGUGACUCAGAAACGUCUAGGCAUUUCCUUACAAAUAUUCGCAAGUACAAUUCAGCUUUUCAGAUGACAUCAAUGGGUUGCAAUGAAAUUAAGGAAACACAUGGAUGGAAUCCUUGCUUCAAAGUGCAAGGUCAAGUGUACCACCUCAUUGGAAGCCUGUGCCCUUUGCCUAAUGAAGAAUCCAAAUUUGCUCAAAUCUACUUUUUGGGUGAUGUGGAGAGAGAGAUACAAGUAAGACAAGGCAUUGUUCCUGGUUUGAGGAUAAAUAUCAUUGAGGGUUUACAAAACAUGCUUCAUGCCAUCAAUAGGUAUGUGCAGAGUUUUAAAUUAGCCAAAGGCGUUCUCCGUGAAUAUGAUCAGCAGUACAAGAGGGCGGUUUAA